AGUGCGAGACCGCUGCCUGCCGGAAGAUCCGGCCCCGGCCCCGGCCCGGAGCUUCAGCUUCAAGAUAAACAGUAAUGGCGGAGGCAGCAGCAACGGCAUCUACAGUGUCCGGAGGAGGUUGGACUAAACACGUCACCUGCAGGUAUUACAUGCAUGGGGUUUGCAAAGAAGGGAACAACUGCCGCUAUUCCCAUGACCUUACCACCAGCAAACCAGCCAUGAUCUGCAAAUACUUCCAGAAAGGAUGCUGUGCUUAUGGGGACUGCUGCAGGUAUGACCACACCAAACCACCCAAGCAGGAUGUCCUGAGCGGUCCCAAGCCGAUGAUGCCAGCGGAGUGCAGCCUUACCCCGGACUGCACUCCGGAUCUCAAACUCAGUGGGAAGGAGGGGCCGCACUCCUCGCGCUCUGUUGACUGGGUCAACGCGGUGGAGUUCGUGCCAGGCCAGCCAUACUGCGGGCGAGGGGCUCCUAUGUGUGCAGAAUCUUCUCCAGGGCUGCUGAUCGAGGAGGAGUAUGACAAGCAGCAGCUGCAGCAGCUGGCAGACAAGGAGCUGAAGAAGCAGCUGUGCCCGUACGCAGCGCUCGGAGAGUGUCGCUACGGGCUCAACUGCGCCUAUCUCCACGGCGACGUGUGUGACAUGUGUGGCUUGCAGGUGCUCCACCCCUCCGACACCACACAGCGAUCCCAGCACAUCAAGGCAUGCAUCGAGGCUCAUGAGAAGGACAUGGAGCUGUCGUUUGCGAUCCAGCGCAGUAAGGACAUGCUGUGUGGGAUCUGCAUGGAGGUGGUGUAUGAGAAGGCCAACCCCUGCGAGCGGCGCUUUGGCAUCCUGUCCAACUGCAGCCACUGCUACUGCCUCAAGUGCAUCCGCAAGUGGAGGAGUGCCAAGCACUUCGAGAGCAAGAUCAUCAAGUCCUGUCCCGAGUGCCGCAUCACAUCUAAUUUUGUCAUCCCGAGCGAGUAUUGGGUGGAGGACAAAGAGGAGAAACAGAAGCUGAUCCAGAAGUACAAGGAUGCAAUGAGCAGCAAGCCCUGCCGCUAUUUCGACGCGGGCCGUGGGACCUGCCCCUUCGGAGGGAACUGUUUCUACAAACACGCUUUCCCUGAUGGGCACCUGGAGGAGCCGCAGUCUCAGAGACGGCAGCAGGGAUCCGCGGGCAGGCACCGGACUCCGAGACGGACGCCCCUGUGGGAUUUGUUCGAGGGAGAAAGCAACGACUCGUUCGAUAAUGACGAGGAGGAGGAGGUCGUGACCUUUGAACUGGGGGAGAUGCUGCUGAUGCUGCUGGCCUCCGGCACUGAUGAUGAGCUGAGCGACUCGGAGGAUGAGUGGGAUCUGUUUCAUGAAGAGUUGGAUGAUUACUAUGAAGUGUACCUAUAGCCCUCCCCGUGGUGCCGAGUCUGUCUCGGCCUCUGUGUGUGUGCGUGCUGCACAGUAGCUUCAUCCCUGUGUGUGGCAGUGCCUUUCCGGGCAGGCCAUUGGAAAUAAAUACAUAAAUAAAUAAGCCAGGUAAAAAGAAAGAAAGGGGUCAGCGUGCACUUGUGCUCAAACCUUUCUUCCUAGAAUAAUUGUGUCUAUUUUGCGAGUCUGUCUAUGUCCAGUUUGAUUAAAUAAUGAUAUAUUAUAGUAAAUGUAAUGGGUGUGGAGGUGGCUUGUGUAUCGUCUACCCAGGUGUCCUGUGGAUGUUCUGAAGACACGGUUCAGCACAAUUUUAGGCACAGUUGCAUGAAAAUAACACUGAGGACACAUGAGCAAAUACGUGGUUCAAAUACCAAUUUAAACACACAGACACUUAAAACUUACCUGGGUAAGUUUUCAUGCACACUGUAUCACAUGUUUUUAAGCGGGUCUUAGAGCACAUUUCUUUGUAUUCUGUUUUUAAUUCUGUGCGUAUGUUAAGUCAAGUAUAAUUCUGAGCUGUGAAAGCGUUCAAUGCAGCACACCUGUGGUAGAUAACAAGUCUCUGCUCCAGCACUGAAUCCAUCACUUUAAUUACUUUGUAGUGGUGCAUCUCAGACCCACACCAAGGAAUUGGAAGCUUCUUACUUGGACCCUUUCAGUCCUGGAGGGACUUCAAGGUCCUGCCUUAUCUUAGCGCCGUAUGUUAACAGGUGCCAUCAUAAAUCGUGUUGGAACCUCACGGGACUCCUAGGUCUGUCUGAGGUAGUGUAUAAGUAUAUCUAAAAAAAACAAGUGUCCUGUUCUCCUGGAUACUCAACAAAGGAGUUUAUUCUUCAGCUCGACACAAAUAAUUCAGGACUGAAAGGGUUAAACUCCAGUAUGUUAUAAAAAGGCGAGGUUCUUUUAAACUAGCUACCACUACGAAGGCUAGCCUUGUAUAGCCAAGGCACUGCGACUUCCCCAAUGUUACUUUAUUUGUGUGCAAGCUAUGUUAUGAAAUAUGGAUGUAUUUAUACAGUAUGUGCAGGUUUUUACUACUAAACCAUUAAAAAGAAAAAAGAAAAAAAAAAAAUCUGACCAUUUCAGGUUUAUUCAUCAAGGGUCCCCAGGUUUCACUGAGCGCGACUUGUAAUUUUUUGUGCUUUUUCUGGCUUGUGUCUGCCAGGUGUGCUGGUGAUUAUUCUGGGAUGUCUUUUUACAGUCUGACGUGUUGGGUGCAUUUCUGGUGACAUCAUUACAUGGAUGUUAAAUAACAAUAUUCUCUACAGUUGCCUCAUUGUUACUAAAUAAAGGCAUAAGCAGGCUGGA